GAUCCUGAUCAGACUGCGCGGAUGCGCAGGCUGGUCUGGAUCCAUGCUGGUCGCAAACGCACUAUGUUGGUUUUGUCGUGACGCGGCUCAUGUGAGCAUUGUUCGUUUCAGUAAAUAACCUUAAUUCAAUAAAGUAUUAGUUAAGUGAUUCAGUGUUUUUCCUUUAUCAUAAACUAUUUAUAUCACUUAUAAGUUGGAGUUACAUAGUGGCUAGGCAUGGCGGUCGAAAUAGAUGAUGCUAAGUUCGUCAGCAAACUUGAUGAGAAAAGUAAAAGAAAGGCAAAAGAAGAACUCCAAGAGCGGAACGAUACUGACAGGGCGAUAGCUGUCCAAACCUUUAGACAAUGGAUACAAGAGCAAGACUGGUUAAAAACACCUACAGAUUUUAGUUUCUUGUUAAGAUUUCUACGAACAAGAAAGUACAGCCAAUUAGGUGCACGUGAAACAUUAGAAAAUUAUUGGACAGUUAGGACAAAAUUUCCAGACUGGUGUAAGAACGUAGAUCCUGGAGAGAAAAAUUUGCAAGAAAUUCUAAAAUCAGGGGUAAUGCUGUGCCCUAAGCGAUAUGACAGUGAAGGUCGACGGGUUCUAAUUGACAGAACUGCAAUUAUUGACGUCAAUGACGCCAAAAAGACGUGGGGUUUACAAAACGUGUUUCGAGCGUUAGUGUUAGUACAUGACUGGAUAAGCAUGGACGAGAAUGUACAAGUGAACGGAGUUCAAGUGUUCUUUGAUAGUACUGAUCUAUCUUGGAGCACUGCGACAACAAUAUUUACUGGAGAAAAUGGCAAAAAUCUUGCAAAAAUGUAUCAGCGUGCACAACCAAUCAGGGUAAAGAGAAUAAAUGUUUACAAAGAGCCAACAUUCUUCGACGCCAUUUUUCCAAUUGUUAAACCUUUAAUGACAGAGAAAAUGAAUCAACGGAUGAAGCUUCAUGGUAACAGUAUGGUCAGUGUUUAUAAAGAUAUUGACAAGUCGUUGCUACCAACUGAAUAUCUACCAGAUGAUUAUAAAGGCCCAAGUGCUGGAUCUCUACAAACUGUAAUAGAUGAUAUGAUAGCUGAUAUGAUGACACCAGAAUUUAGAAGCUAUAUUCAGAACUUGUCAAGUGAUGAAUAUGGUGUAGAUUUGUCUAGAAGGAAAAAAGAUAAUCCACCGACGGAAUCAUUCCGUAAACUUCAUACUGAAUAAAUUCAUAUAAUUGUGUAGUUUUUCAAAUAUAUCUUUCGCCUACAGAAAGGUGUGUCAAUCAAACAUUAUGUAAUUUACUAUUAAUUAGCUGAAUCUUAGCUUGUGAUCACUACAUUUAUUUUAUUCAUUUUUGUUUGGGAAAAAGACCUUUCUUAAACAAUGACUUACUUUAUCUUAUUUUCUCAUGUUGAUUAUGCUAUGUUUAAGUCGGUCAAACAUUUGUUAAUUGUAUGAUUUUGUUAAAAUAGUGUAUUGAUAUUGAAUUCAUAAUGUUUUAGCUAAAGUACGUGCAAUCCGGAGAUUUUUUCCACAAGUAUAUCCAAUCAGGUCAGUAAAAUCAUCCACUGUCUGUUUCCUUGAUGUCAAUAUAAUGUCUAGAUUCAAUUUUAUAGACAAUUAUUCGGAGAAUAAAAUCAUGUUUCUUAAAAAAACCACAUGCUGCUCACAUGAACUUGUUAACGUCGAGAUUUUUUUCGAACAAAGUAUUGAAAAUCAAACUAUCUUUCAAAAUUUCGAAUUUCUUUCCUUCAGUACUUUAAGUUCUAUUAUUUGUAAUUGCAAACCAGGAGCAAGUAUUUCUCAAAAUAUUGUAUUGUAUUCGUAAAGCGGUGUACUCGGUUUUAACAAUAACAUGAUUAUAUUUUCAAUGUUGUUUUGCCUAUAUAACAAUUUACGGUGUUUAAAACAUGUAAAUUGUAGUAACGUAUUACACAUUUAAAUUAUGGCUCAGGAAUAGGGAAUAUUUUUGCCUCUUUUUUUCUUUGACGGGAAAACGUAAAAAUAUAAAUGGCAUAUAAAAUAUUGAACAAGGUUUUCUCAUCUGUGUGUCUAGUAUAUAAUUUUUAUCUGAUUAAGCAUUUUACAUAUAAGUCUGCUCAAAUUUGACAUAUAAAAUAUCUAUUUGAAUAAUGAAAUUUUGUCCUACAUACACACAAAAUCGCUUGGUUUAAGAUCAAUGAAAGUUUUUCCUGCGAGCUUGACUGGUGUAGCACAUUUGAGAGUGUACGGAAGCUCAAUGGUAUAAGUGGCAUUGUCCAGUGCUUCUCUCAACCACCUUAGGUGACAAUCACAAUUCCACAAGUUGCCACCUAGAUUAACAUUAGCUCUGCUUGUAAGAUGAGAGAAAACCUCAGCUUGAAGAAUUUGUAACUUAUUAAAACUGAGGUCAAUCUUGCUUGAUUGUAAUGGUUUGAAUGCAUCUUUGGCAAUGGCUGUUAUCCAGUUAUAUGACAAAUCCAGUUCUAAAGGUGAAGUUAACCCUGCGAACGUAAAGUCCUCCAAAUGGUUAAUCUGAAAAUAAUAUGUAAAAGUGAUUGUUCUGCUUCAUGCAGAAAUGCGGAAGAACCAAUAAUUUAUUUAAUAAUUGAUAUGAAAAUGCAUAGUUUAGACGGCCCUGUGUUCACUUAGAAAAGAUUGAUCAAAUGAUCAUGUUUAAAUUUUCACUGUGCAAUAAAAACUAAAAUUGAUAUAAAUUUUGCUAGAAUUAAAUGGUACAUACUCAAAAUGUAAUAAAAUGAUGAUUUCAUUAUAACCGUCAUAUGAAUACAU